UUUGCGUUCAGCUCCAGCCCCAGCUACAGCUCCAGCUCCAGCUCCCGCUAUGGCCUCUACUUCAAUGUCAUGGCAUGUGGCGCUCUUAAGCCGCUCUCUGCAACGCCAACCAGAAACCAGAAAGCUCAAACUGGUUGAUCGCACCCGCCGUUGGCUUUCGGGCUUUCGGGCCACAAGCGGGCCGCAGUCCGAUUCGUUGAGAGCUGAACGGCAGACGCAAACGCGCGAGAAAGCAAGCGAGCCAGCCCGGUCUGAGUGUUCCGUUGGACCCAUUGAUUAAAAUAAAUAUCAAAAUAAAUAACCAAUCAUUGUCGUGUGCCACUACGGGGAUAGUUUCAACCAGGAACCAUUGUUCCAGCAUCAGCGACCUGGAAGUGAAGCGCAAGCCCAAGCGCCGCCAAGUGCCUUAAAGUGAAGUGAAACGCAGUAAUUGCAUUGACAAAAGGAAGUGAAUAAGAGUGAACGGGUUUGUUUCGUCGACGGUCAGCAUUUUCACCGAGCCAAAUCCAAGAGGCGACUGACUGCCGCAGUGAAUGCAAUUCCGAUUUCGAAACGAACGAAACAAAACGAAAGUCUGGCGAAGAAAGUGCCAGAUCCGAAAAAGUUCUGCGCCGAUGAAAUGUCCAUGCAAAAAUUCAAUUAGGCGGCAACUCCUCACGGAAUUACUGUGCGUUAUACGAGAAGAGACACUGCGCUGCGUCCGGGGUGCAGAGAGCAACGUGUGUUGUGGCAUGCAAGUGCAGUAACCGCAAGGAUAAUGGAAAUGUUGAGCCAAGCCAUCCUCGGAGCAGGUAGCCGCCACGCGAAAUUAAAAGCAAACAGCCACAGAAAACGACGCUGCAGCCAGCUGUUUUGUUGCGUUCUGUUGCUGUGUCAUCUCUGGCUGGUUGCCGCACAAGCUUCGGAAGCGACAGCGUCUAACUUGAACGCGCCCUAUAGCCAGCCCCUGACCACGAUGGCUGGUGCGCCCCGCAACGAUGACAACACAUUUCGACCCAUUCUCCCCAUCGACAUAAGCCCAGAGUUCAUAUCCCGCAAUGUUUUCACAAAGACGGGACAAUAUCGCGUCUUCCAGCCCGCGGAGAGCGAGAGUGACCUUCGCCUAACGGUGGCCAUGAGGCGGCGAAACUUCAAGCAUCGACCAGAGACAGCAGAGGCGACUCCUGCCAGUGUAGUCGAGCCCAAGAGUGUUUCUGUGGGCAAUGUGGAGCAGGGUCCACCGGGCAACAGCUCCGAAACUCUACAGUCUGAGCUGAAGGGCCUGGAAGAUCUGCUCAUGGAAUAUGUGGAACAGUUUUUCAGUCAAGGCAAAUACGAGCCCGCCCCCGGCCUGGUGUUUGCUCUGCAACAGAAUCGCACGAGUGCUCAUUCGACCAAGGGACAGCGCAGCACACGGAGCAUUCUGGAAGACACCAAUGUGGAGCUCAAUGUCCCACGGGCUUUUGAGAGCGCCCGGCUUCUGUUCUUCAGCGGCCUGAAGAAAGUAAUGUGGCCAAUCUACAUGGGAUUACAGGUGCUGAAGAGCGUGGUGCUUGCCCUGUUCUUGCCGACCAUCGUUAGCAGCGUCACCCGGCUGAUUGGAAAGGGCAUUACGUCCGGCUCUGCCAGCUCCGUGCCGUUGUUUGUCCGGCCCAUGGAGCCGCCGCAGGAACUGGACUUCCGAGACAACUCUCUGAACUUUGACGACGACAGCAAAUUCAGCUUGGCCGACGACCCAAAAUCGGCUGGAGCCUACGAAUACAAUGCAGAGGCCUCCCAGCAGCAGGCCCAGUACGCCAACUUUAAUGGCAACUCAAUCAACCAGGCGACGCUUUCCCGCUAUGGCGGCCAGCAGAUGAUGCAGGACACCUACCUCAAUGCGCUGCAGAGCAUUGGAGCCGCCUCCUUCAAGAACUCACAGAGUCUGUCGGGGUCGUCGAGUGCAGCGGGAGCGGCACCCGGCAUGACCAGGAAGCCAGCCCCGGCGGUAAUGAACACGUUCCAGAGCUUCCAGAAGGUGCCCAACUCGUCGCUGCUGCUGUCCAACUACGACCCCUUCUACAGUCCGUUGCUGUCGCGGCUGGACUCGGUGUUUGCCCAGCUCAAGCUGAACUCGGCGAACGAGACCUGCCGCGAGAAGCUCAUCUGUCUGAUGUACUCGAACCCCGCGAAGUAUGCCCCAUACAGCAAUCUGGUGUCCGCGCAGCUGAGUCGGGAACUAAACGAGCUGCGCAAGCCCACCUCCGAUAAUCCGGACAUCCUGCGCUUCUUCAAAUACAUGCGGGCGGCCAAGGACGGACAGGACGGCGUCGACUGCGAGCAGUCGUUUGUCAAGUGCAAGGAAUUCAAGGAUUUCGAGAAUCCAGCUAUGCUUUCCACCUACAACGACAUUAACAAAUUGGUUCAGGCCCGUAAACUGACGUAGACGAGGAGCAACAUCGAGCAUCCAGCAUCCAGCAACCAGGAUGGGCGGAACAAUGACAGCAAAAGUUCGCAAAGUCACGUCAGGCCGUCUAAUGUCUGAUGUCUGAUGACUGAAGUCUGGGGACUCGAGCUGUAAUUAUGCAAAUCGUACUUUAGAUAGCCUAGCCAUAUACAAGUUCGUUAGACGCUCCAACGGAGGCAGCUGUCAGCAGACGCCCCCAGAGUGGAGCGCGGUUGGGGUUUUGGGUUUUGGUAGGGUCGAAGAGGAUUGGGAAGUGGGUAGGGGAACUCGAUUAACAUGCUGUAAAUAGAAAACUUUUUAGUUGUUUAAUUAGCACGGGCGCCUAUCAACGAAUGAUGCUGUUUUAUUUAGCCAUUUAGAGGAAUUUCGAAUAGUAUUUAUUUAUUUAUUUAUUUAUAGCCUUAACUUAAUGUUUACCUAUUUAUUUUUAAUAAUAUAUUCUGUUGUUGUUAUCCAAGUAGUCAUCGAAAGUUGUUCAGAGCAUUAUUUAUAAAUAACCAAUAAAGUUAUGUUGUACCAUCAAGACAAUUUGAUAAAUUGAGCGGCCGUUCGUUGUCCUUUCCACUAGCACUACUCAAGGAAAUCAAAGGGGGGAGAGUCUGUUGUGAGACAGCAAUAAAUAGAUUAAUCUUCCAAAUACAAUGUAAUAUUCAUUAUUAAUUGAUUUAAUAUAAGUUGAGGAUGCGAUUAGCUUCAAUGGCCCUGACUCACCACUCCAUUCGUUCUGAUGGGAUUCAAUUGAUAAUUCAUUAUAUAUGAAAUUACUUGAGGCGGCUUAGCAUUUUAUUGUUUUCAUUUGGUGCACAAUUUGAUUAUUUCCAACAGCGUUUCCUGGUUGCAU